AUGUCACAUGUUACUUUCGGAGUGGAUAGUGCUGAGAGCAUUCAGCAACAAGCUCACAUUCAAAUAUUUGAUAAAAAUUUGUAUAGUCAAGGGGGUCAACGAAUUCCAACGCAAUAUGGAGUUAUGGAUCGUAGAAUGGGAACAAGUGAAAAGGAUGCGAAGUGUGAGACUUGCAAUAAGGGCUUAACAGAUUGUAUGGGUCAUUAUGGUUAUUUAGACUUGGCCUUACCUGUAUUUCAUGUUGGUUAUUUCAAGCAUAUUAUAAAUAUUUUACAAACAAUAUGUAAAACUUGUGGUCAUGUAAUGCUUAAACCAGCAGAUAAAAAGAUAUUAACCAGGAGAAUGAUGAAUCCUAAUAUAACGUGCUUACAGAAAAAACAAUUACGAGCACAGGUUUUAGAUAAAGCUAAAAAGUUGUCUAAAUGCCCAAAUUGUGAGGCAAUAAAUGGAAUCGUUAAAAAAAAUCCUGGAGGCUUUAUGAAAAUUGUACAUGACAAAUUCAGAGGAAAGAAACCCACAGAUACACUAGUAACAUCAUAUUUAGAUUCGAUGGCUGAAGCAAGGGAAGAAAAUCGAGAUUUGGGUCAAGUUGGAAAUUCUGCAUUAACUCAAGAUCUGAAUCCUGUGGAAGUUUUAAAGUUGUUCAAAAAAGUUCCAGAUUCAAAUAUUUUUUUAUUGGGAAUGAAUACUACACGAAGUCGACCGGCAGAUUUGAUUUUAACAAGAAUACUAGUUCCACCCGUAUGCAUAAGGCCAUCUGUUGUAUCUGACAUCAAAGCCGGAACGACUGAAGAUGAUCUAACUAUGAAGCUGUCAGAAAUCCUUUUAAUAAAUGAAGUGAUAAAAAAACACAUGCUAACGGGUGGUAAAGUAGAAUUGAUUCAAGAGGAUUGGGAUUUUUUGCAACUCCACUGUGCUCUCUAUUUUAAUAGUGAAGUUACUGGUGUACCAUUAGGAAUGCAACCAAAAAAAUCAUCAAAAGGUUUAGUUCAGAGAUUGAAAGGAAAGCAAGGUCGAUUUCGAGGUAAUCUUUCUGGAAAACGUGUUGAUUUUUCAGCAAGAACUGUGAUUUCUCCAGAUCCGAAUUUACAAAUUCACCAGGUUGGGGUUCCUGUAUAUGUGGCAAAAGUAUUGACAUAUCCUGAACGAGUACAUCCUGCUAAUUUGCAAAGAAUGAAACAACUCGUGAAAAAUGGUCCAGAUGUACAUCCUGGAGCAAACUAUGUACAACAGAAAGGCAGCGAUUUCAAAAAAUUUUUGCAAUACGGAAAUCGUGCAAAAAUUGCUCAAGAACUAAAAUGCGGUGAUACAGUUGAAAGACAUCUAUGUGAUGGAGAUGUGGUAUUAUUUAACCGGCAACCUAGUUUGCACAAAUUAAGUAUUAUGUGUCACAGAGCCAAAGUUCAACCCCAGAGAACUUUUAGAUUUAAUGAAUGUGUUUGCACUCCUUAUAAUGCUGAUUUUGAUGGCGACGAAAUGAAUUUGCAUCUUCCACAAACUGAAGAAGCAAGAGCGGAGGCCCUUGUCCUAAUGGGAAAUACAUCAAACUUAGUAACACCCAGAAAUGGAGAGUUAACAAUUGCAGCAACACAAGAUUUUAUCACAGGUGGUUAUCUUUUAACACAAAGAGAUGAAUUCUUGACUCAUGAGCAGGCUAUGCAAUUGGCAGCAUGCUUUCUUGCUGGACCAGAUGCAACAUUGCAAAUUGAUUUACCUGAGCCAGCCAUAUUGAAACCUCGAAGAUUAUUUACAGGAAAACAAAUAUUUAGUCUAUUGUUGAAACCUAAUAAAGAAUGCCCAGUUAUGGCAAAUCUUGUCACUAGUGGAAGAAAUUACACAAAAAAUAAAGACUUGUGUGUUCGUGAUUCUUUCGUAAUUAUAAGAAACUCAGAAUUACUUUGUGGAUCGAUGGAUAAGAAAACUUUAGGCUCUGGCACUAAGAAUUCAAUAUUUUACAUUCUAUUGCGAGAUUGGGGUGAAGAAGUUGCUUGUAAAGCUAUGUGGCGGUUGGCCAGGCUAGCUUCUUACUUCUUGAUGAAUCGUGGAUUCAGUUUUGGCAUUAGCGAUGUAACACCUAGUGCCAGACUUAUUGAACUCAAAAAUAUGUUACUAGAGCAAGGAUAUAAAAAAUGCGACGAAUAUAUAGCUGAGAUGAAAAAAGGUACUUUGACAUGUCAGCCUGGUUGUACUGCUGAGGAAACAUUGGAAUCAAUGAUGUUGAAGGAAUUGUCAUCAAUAAGAGAAACAGCUGCUAAAGCCUGUUUUGCUGAAUUGCCACCGACAAAUGCCCCACUUAUUAUGGCACAAUCUGGUUCCAAAGGAUCCAAUAUCAACAUAUCUCAGAUGAUAGCUUGCGUAGGUCAACAGGCCAUAAAUGGAAAGCGAGUUCCAAAUGGUUUUGAAGAUCGUGCGUUACCUCAUUUUGAGAAAUUUUCAAAAAAUCCAGCUUCAAGAGGUUUUGUGGAAAAUAGUUUCUUUUCUGGUCUUACUCCGACAGAGUUCUUCUUUCACACUAUGGCUGGCAGAGAAGGUCUUGUUGAUACUGCUGUCAAAACAGCUGAGACGGGUUAUCUUCAGAGACGUUUGGUUAAAUGUUUAGAAGAUAUAGUGGUACAUUAUGAUAACACUGUUCGAAAUGCUGUUGGUCAAGUAGUGGAAUUUAUUUAUGGAGGAGAUGGAUUGGAUCCAGUUUAUAUGGAAGGAAAGGACAGACCUGUUGAUCUGAGUAGAGUUCUGGAAGACGUUAAAGCCAGAAAUCCAUGUAGAGAUGAACCAACACUAAGAUACAAUGAAAUAUUAGAUUAUUAUAAAGAACUUAUUAGCAGUUCAGAUUAUGAUUGUUUAAGUGAAGAUUUUAAAAAAGAACAACUAGCAUUUGUCCAUGACGUUGCAGAAAACGUACAAAAAAUUCAACAAAAGUAUGGUCUUAAUUUAAUAGUCACUAGAGAAUUGGAGAGGUUAACUAAAGGGCAAUUAAAAGUAUUUAUGGAAACGUGUAAAGUCAAAUUCUUGCGUGCUAAAAUUGAGCCAGGAACAGCUAUAGGUGCACUGGCUGCCCAGAGUAUAGGUGAACCUGGUACACAGAUGACAUUGAAAACUUUUCACUUUGCUGGUGUUGCUUCUAUGAACAUUACUCAGGGUGUACCUCGUAUUUUAGAAAUAAUCAAUGCAAGUAAAACGAUCUCAACACCUGUUAUAUCAGCUGAAUUAGAUAAUAAUACUGAUAUGGAAUUUGCAUUUCGUGUUAAAGGUAGGAUAGAGAAGACUACACUUGGAGAGAUCACAUCAUUUAUUCAAGAAGUUUAUAGGGGUGAUGAAUGUUAUUUGGUGAUUCGGUUAGACAUUGAUAGAAUUCGUAUUUUAAGAUUAGAAUUGGAUGCCAAUACUAUUAAAUAUGCGCUCUGUACUGGUGAAGCUAAAUUGAAACCUGGAAAUGUAACAAUUCAUGGUCCGUCAUUACUUGUUGUACGGCCUGACAUGAAUAAGCAUUCGACAGAAUUAAAUAUAGAACUUCAAAGGCUGAUGGACGUUGUACUUAGAACUGUUGUUAUAGGUUUGCCUUCUACAUCCAGAGCAGUAGUGGCUAGAGAUGAUGGAAAGGGUCUCGUUGAAACAUACACGCUUUGUGUCGAAGGGUAUGGUCUACGAGAGGUCAUGGCGACUUACGGGGUAAAUGCUAAGAAAACCAAAUCCAAUAAUGUUUAUGAAGUAUACACAACAUUGGGAAUAGAAGCAGCGAGGUCUACAAUUAUAACAGAAAUCACUAAAGUCAUGGAAGGACAUGGAAUUAGUGUAGAUUUUAGACAUAUUGAGCUAUUGGCUAGUCAAAUGACAAGUUCAGGAGAAGUUUUAGGUAUUACUAGACAUGGUUUAGCUAAAAUUCGAGAGUCUGUAUUCAAUUUGGCUUCGUUCGAAAAAACAGCUGAUCAUCUUUUUGAUGCAGCAUAUUAUGGCCAAACUGACUGCAUAAACGGCGUUUCAGAAAGAAUUAUUAUGGGUAUGCCUGCUCCAAUCGGCACUGGUAUGUUCAAAUUAGUACAUGAUCAUGGUAAUGUAAGUAAUAUGGAAUUGCGAUCUACUUUGUUUCAUGAUCUCGCUGGCGAGUAAGUGUAUUUCAGAUUUAUUUAUAAACG